AAAAUAAAAGUUACUCUCGCAAAAAUAAAUAAAUUAAAGGACAGCUUUAGGGCACACAGAAAUUAAAGGAUAGGAAAGGGAAGAGAAAGAAAACACAGGGGUUUUUAUCGUGGUUCAGCCUGGAAGUCCAAGCCUACGACGUGCUCGUUGAGCUCUCCUCAGAGGGUUAGGGCUCCGACUGCACCAUCAAGAAAAAUGGUGUUACAACAGCUCUGAAUAAAAAAAAAAAGAUCCCAAGUCACAGCGGUUUCACUGUUCACACCGCUCUCACACUCUUUAAGAAACACAAUUUGGAUUCUUCUGAGUUCUACUGUAUUGUUUCUUUGAUUUUUGAGAGGCGAGCAAGUUUAAAUAGGCACACGGACCACAGAAGGUAAAAGGGGUUGUUGAUUGUUGAAUAGAUAAAUUGAGCGCCUAGUGUGAUAUACGGAAGCAACUGAUUACUGAGGGACUAAAUUCCCACAAGGAUGGCUGAGUUUCUUUUCGAAGAUGUUUUCAAGAUUGAUCGGUUGAACCCUGAUGGGAAGAAGUUCGACAAAGUCACUCGAAUUGAGGCAAAGAGUGAGAAGUUUGAUAUGUUCAUGCACCUAGAUGUGAACACAGAAGUGUACCCACUUAAGGAAGGUGAGAAAUUUUCAAUGGCGUUGAGCCCCACGCUGAAUGAGGAUGGAACACCCGACAGUGCCUACUUCACUCCGAGCAACCGCAAGACACUCGCUGACAACUAUGAGUAUGUCAUGCAAGGGAAGCUGUUCAAGAUUUCUGAAGGUAAAGGACAUCAUGGUAAGGCUGAGAUAGAUGCUUCAUUUGGUGGGCUGUUGAUGAUGAUGAAGGGAGAUCCAUCUUAUUUCAAGAAGUAUGAACUUGAUCAAAGGCUUUUUCUUCUCAUGAGGAAGGUGUAGAACUCAGGUGGUUAAGACAAUGGUCUCUUAGAAUGAAUAUUUGAACUUGGUUUGCUUUUGUUUCUCCUUCUAAGAAAGGUGUAAAACUUGUUUGUGCCAAAGUUUCUGUUUGUGAUGUAUGACAAGUUUAAGCUGGUGACAUAGUGAGUGAUGGCUUCAUUCUCUUACUCAUGUUCUAGCAAUAAAUAAAAGAGAUGUCAUCAUUUUAGUGUA